AUGGGUAUUAAGAUUCAUAUUAAGUCUGGACAGAACAAGUGGGAAGUCACAGUGGAUGUCUCGAAUACUGUUUUACAGUUGAAAGAGGAAAUUGCAAAAGUCUCUGAAAUCCCUGUUGAAAACCAGCGUUUGAUUUAUUCCGGUAAAAUAUUGAAAGAUGAUCAGGUUUUAGAGUUUUACAAGAUUCAAGACGAGCAUUCCAUUCAUUUGGUCAAAUCUGGUGGAGCUUCAAAAACUAAUACAAGUGCUUCUGCUGCUGCGGCAUCAACUUCUACAGCUACGAAUUCCGAUUCAAACGCUCCAUUACCUUCAAAUAUCGCUGCCGGUCAAUCAGGUGGGUUCAAUCCACUAUCUGAUUUAACUAGUGCUCGUUAUGCCGGUUAUGGUUUAAAUUUGCCUUCUGCUGACAUGUUCGGCCCAGAUGGUGGUAUGAAUAGUAUGCCAAAUCAAGAUGACAUGUUGAGAAUGUUAGAAAACCCGGUAUUUCAAUCACAAAUGAAUGAAAUGUUAAGCAAUCCUCAAAUGAUCGAUUUCAUGAUUCAAUCGAACCCACAAUUACAAGCAAUGGGUCCAGAAGCCAGACAAAUGUUCCAGAGCCCUUUUUUCAGACAAAUGUUGACUAACCCAGAAAUGAUCAGACAAAGCAUGCAGAUGGCCAAUAUGAUGGGUGGUAAUGGUCAGUUUGGAGCAAACGCGGCUGCAUCUUCAUUCCCUGCUCCUGGUGAAACUGAUACAACUGCAGCUGCUGAAACAAACACAGAGACAACAUCUACUCCUGCUGCUACAGGUGCCGCUGCUGCCGGUCAACAAAACCCAUUUGCAUCUCUAUUUAACCCAGCCAUGAACCCAUUUGCAGCAAUGAUGAAUAAUAACGCUGCUGCUGCUGCUGGUGCCGGUGCCACUGGUGCAGCCGGUGCCACCGGAACCCCAGCUUUUGACCCUUCUUUGUUUGCAUCCAUGUUCCAACCUCCACAACAACAACAGCAAGAACAAGAUAAUAGACCACCUGAAGAACGCUACGAAUCUCAACUGAGACAACUAAAUGAUAUGGGAUUCUUCGAUUUCGAUAGAAACGUCGCUGCUCUAAGACGUAGUGGUGGUUCAGUCCAAGGCGCAUUAGAUGCUUUACUAAGUAACGAUGUAUGA